AUGGAUUCUGAUCGCAUCAAGCCGUCUCUGCAUUUCACCGCUGACUGCUGGAUCAACGAUCCUUGUGCUCCCGGGUACGAUCUGGAAACGGGCUUAUACCAUGUCUUCUAUCAGUGCAAUCCACAUGGUACUGAAUGGGGAUCGAUGUCUUGGGGUCAUGUCACCAGCGAGGAUCUCAUAUCCUGGACAUCCUAUACCAAGCCUGCUUUGAUUCCUGAUCAGCCUUAUGAUCGUGAUGGAGUCUUUACAGGCUGUAUGGCACCACCCGAAAAUUCCGAGCCAGGUUCUCUGAAAAUUAUCUACUCAUCAGUCCGCCAUCUGCCAUUUCACUGGAGCACACCUCCAUAUCCCCGCAACGCUGCUGGUCUAGCAAUCGCUGAAUCCAGGGAUAAUGGGAAGACAUGGAGAAAAUGCUCAGAAAAUCCAAUCUUGGUUGGCGAGCCCAAAGGGCUUCAAGUGACUGGCUUUCGUGAUCCCUUUUUAGCUGAGUGGCAUGCUUUGAAUGAUCUUCGUGGGCAAAAUUCCAUGUAUGGGCUUGUGUCAGGUGGAAUUGAAGGCCGCGGACCGACAGCCUUCCUAUAUUCCGUGCCGCAUAAGAACGUAUCCGAAUGGAACUAUUUGUCUCCUUUGGUCGAUAUGCCUGCUCGAUUCCAGCCGUCACAGAAAUGGUCUGGAAGUUUCGGCGUCAACUGGGAAUGCGUGAAUUUACUGACCCUCGAAUCCGGCAGCAACAGCCGCGUGUGUCUGAUCCUUGGAGCGGAGGGAGAUGUAGAACGUGAACACAUCCGGAACUUUGAAUCCGAUGCACAUAUCCCUCCAAGGACUGUUCGUUCUCUACUGUGGAUGUUUGGUGACUUGAAGGUCGAAAGCAACUCGGCUCGUGUUGACUACACCCAUGGCGGGUAUUUGGACUGCGGGUCAUUGUACGCAGCCAAUUCAUUUUUCGAUCCGGUGUCUAAGAGACAUAUAAUGCACGCGUGGAUUCCCGAAGAGGACAUAUCAGCGAGUCACGCCAAAGGCAAAGGAUGGAAUGGCGCAUUGGCCAUUCCUCGCGAGCUCUUUCUCCUUUCUAUCUCAAAUGUUACUCGAGCUCUUCACAGUCCUUUGUCGGAAAUAUCAUCUGUUGAACAGGCCCCAAACCGAGAUGGUUCAGCCACUAUCUACACGCUCGGAAUACGGCCUGUGAAAGAGAUAGUUCGACUCCGCAAACGCCAUCGUCAUUCUUGCCGACGAAAACAUAUCUCACUCCCAGCUCCGACAGCCGGAGCAUCACAUGCACUGUGCUCAACGUUCUCUACUACCUGGGAGCUCGAGGGAGAAAUCACUAUCAACCCAAGUUGCUGCUUUGAAGUCGGCUUCCAUAUUCGCCACAAUAGCGAUAUGUCCAUAUGCACUACCGUCAAGUUUUCGCUUCAGGAAGAGACGAUCAGUGUCAGCAAAGGAAGAUCAUCUGAUCCAAACAUACGCAAUUGCCCCGAACAAGGCCCCUUUACCCUCUUUUACAGGACUGAAAAUGUGGGUGUCGAACCCAGAGACAAAUUGGAGAACUUGCGUAUUCGCAUAAUCUCUGAUGCGGAUGUCUUGGAGGUCUUUGCAAAUGAUUGGUUUGCCUUGGCUACGGUGGUCUAUUCUCCGCAGGAUAUUAGCCCUGCUGGCAUAUCAGCAUUUGCUAAGGGGAAAGAGGGGAGUGCUGUUAUUGAGGAGGUAAAUAUUUGGGAGGGAUUGUCGACUGCUCGGAGAUCAUGA